AUGGUGGUGAAAGAACAAGAAGGUUGGUUACAUUUCAGUCUUAGAUGUAAUACUCAACCUAGCAACGUACAGGAUGUUCGCUCGGAUUCAACUUUCAGGAUACCCCUCAUUGACUUUGCAGCUUAUAAACAAGCCACCUCUCUGGCUGAGAAGCGUCGCAUCGCGGAUGACAUUGUAAACGGAUUCAAAGAAGUUGGCUUCAGUGCAGAAUUCUUCCGAUUACCCGAAGAGACCAAGGCAAGGCUGGCAUGGGACGACCCUAAGGCUAACCGUGGCUAUGUUCAAGUGGGCCGUGAGCGUGUCACCACUUCAAUGGAUGCGGCCGAGAUCGCUUUAUUACGCGCAAAGGCUCCAGACACCAAGGAAUCUAUGGAAAUCGGACGUGAAAAUCAUCCUACGUUCAGUAAUAAGUGGCCUCAGGAAACUGAAGUACCUGGAUUUAAGCAGACGAUGCUCCACUUUUUCCAGACUUGCCACGAAGUGCACACUAUGGUCAUGAAAUCGAUUGCGUUGGGUCUUGACCUUCCUGAGGAUUUCUUCGACAAUAAGAUCAAUCGUCAGGACCAUAACUUACGGCUUUUGUCCUAUCCUCCUAUUCGAACCUCUUUACUUUUAGGCGACGGUCAAGCCAGGGCUGCUUCUCAUACAGAUUACGGAACUUUGACACUCUUGUUCCAGGAUUCCAUUGGCGGUUUAGAGGUCCAGAACCCUCACACUAAGCAUUAUCAACCUGCUUCACCCAUUCCUGGAACAAUUGUCGUCAACGCUGGGGACCUUUUGGCGCGUUGGAGUAACGAUGUUCUCCGUUCAACUCUCCAUCGUGUAGUUGCCCCGCCUGCAAUGAAGAUCAACGCUACCGAAGGCAUGACGCCCGCACGGCAGUCAAUUGCAUUCUUCUGCAACCCGAAUUUUGACGCCAUCAUCGAGAGUUUGCCCACUUGCACGAGCACAUCCAAUCCAAGCAGAUAUCCUCCGCUUACUACGGAGCAAUACAUUGUAGGACGUUUGGCAGCUACUUACUCAUGAAAUACACUCAGACACGAAAUUCUGAUGGUCAAGUAUCGUAUAUUAUUUAUAGUGCAGGCAACGACAUACAUUACGAUUCGUAUGCAGGUGAUGUCUAGAUGACCGAGUAUGCAUGCA